AUGUCCGAUUCAUCUCUGGCUCUUCAAGAUGGGCGUGUGCGGUUGUCUGGAGAGAGAGAGUGUGAGGGGGAGGUGGAAGUUUACAUCCAUCAAGUCUGGAGGAGAAUUUUGUUGGACUCUUGGGGUCUCACUGAAUCCUCUGUGGUCUGCAGACAGCUGGGCUGUGGCUCUGUGCUGAACUUCUACGGCUCCUCUUCAUCCAGUCCUGAACACAGUCAUGAGUGUGUGAUGGGCUUCCAGUGCUCUGGGAGUGAAGUUCAUCUGGGGAACUGCAGCUCUCCACAAACUCUCAACUGCAGUUCCACACAACAGCUGUCAAUCACCUGCCUUGGUCAUGGGUCCAUCAGGUUGGUGGGUUCUGGAGGAGACUGUGCAGGGAGGCUGGAGGUUUUUCACAACGGCUCUUGGGGGACAGUGUGUGAUGACUCCUGGGAUAUUAAAGAUGCCCAUGUGGUGUGCAGACAGCUGCAGUGUGGAGUGGCCCUCAGUAACCAGCAGGUACCAGCCUGGUUUGGUCCAGGUUCUGGACCCAUAUGGCUGGAUGAGGUGAACUGUGAGGGGAAUGAGACAUCCCUGUGGAACUGCUCUUCUCAGGUCUGGGGAAAACAUGACUGUCAACACAUGGAGGAUGUAGGAGUCGUGUGCUCAGAGUUCAAAGAAAUCAGGUUGACUGAUGGUUGUAAAGGGAAUGUGGAGGUUUUCUACAAUGGAUCGUGGGGUAAUGUAUGUUACAACCAGAUGGACAGAGACACAGCGAGUCUGAUCUGUCAAGAGCUGAACUGUGGAAAAUCUGCCAGUGAACCCAGUAACUCACAAGGACUAAAGUCUAAUUGGCUGGAUCAAUUUAAAUGUCGUCCUCAUGACUCAACUCUGUGGCAGUGUCCAUCUUCAACCUGGGGACAGAAUAACUGUCAUCAUAAUGAGGUGGCUCAUAUAACCUGCUCAGAAAAGGAAAACGAUGAAUCGCCUCGAAGUCAUCUUUCAUGUUCUGCAGCUCCAAACCAGAGACACUGUACAAAGUAUGUUCCUCUGAGACUGAAUGGAGGGAAGGGCCGGUGCUCUGGGAGGCUGGAGGUGUAUCAUAACGCUGUGUGGGGUUCAGUCUGUGAUGAUCAGUGGGACAUCAGGGAUGCUCAGGUGGUCUGCAGGCAGCUGGGUUGUGGAGCAGCACUGAGUGCUGAUGGGAAUGCAGCCUUUGGUGCUGGUGAAGGUGUUGUGUGGCUGAACAGAGUCGAGUGCAUAGGGAAUGAGAUUCACUUGUGGGACUGUCCUCUCUCCCUGAAUAACCACACUGGCUGCUCACACAAAGAGGAUGCUGGACUCACCUGUGCAGAUUUGUCUGUCUCCACUACUCCUGCCCCAACAACAUCAACGUUUCCUCCAGUUUCACAGACAGAUGUGACACCAUCUCUGUCCUCACAGAUCACUCGUCCACAAACUCCUCCAUCAUCUUCUCUCUCCAUCCCUCCAGUGGUUUUGAUCAUACUGGGAGCUGUACUCUUACUGCUCUUAUUGCCACUCAUUAUACUGAUUCAGCAGAACAGAGUGAUGAGGAGAGCUCUUUCUAAGAGAAGACACAAGACUCAGACUGAAUCAGUUUAUGAGGAGAUUAAUCACAGACUCAUCACAAAUAAAGAUAAACACAUCACUCAGAGAGGAAGAGUCCUUUCUGAAGAACAGCAUUCUGGGUAUGAGGAUGCUGAUGAGAUUCUUUCAGCUAAAUCUGCAGUAGGAGACUCAUCUGAACACUAUGAUGAUGUCACCACCACUAAAGUCCCAAAAGAAGAGCAACAAGACACACCAGAGACCUACGAUGAUGCAAUCACUGCUGGACUGAGACGUUGUGCCACAGAUGACAUACCAGAAAUCUAUGAUGAUGUUGUGAUCGUGCGACAGUUGUCCAAUAAUAAAACAGUUUCAGAGGGAGUUCAGGAGGAGUAUGAUGAUGUGAGGGAUGUCAGUGAAGAUGUGAGAAACCUGCUUGUGACUUACAGUGCUCUUUUGUUUGGACAGGAGCUACAUGGGACAUCAAACUUUGCUGAAUGGCUCAGAAGACCCCUGUACUCCUGUUUCAUCAGUGAGGAGAAGCUGGUACUGGAGAUGGAAAACUGUCUAACACUCAUUUUUCUGUUCUUAGUUGUGAUACUCAUCACAGCUGAAGUCAGGCUGGUCGGAGGUUCUCGCUGCUCUGGUAGAUUAGAGAUACUUGAUGGAAACACGUGGGUUUCAGUGUGUGAUGCUGCCUUUUACCAGCAGGAUACAGAGGUUGUGUUUAGAGAGCUGGACUGUGGGGCUCCUGUACAGGUGCUGGGAGCAGCUGCUUUUGGAAAAGGAGAGGGUCAGAUGUGGACAGAAGAGAUUCAGUGUAGAGGCAACGAAUCACUCAUUCAAUUCUGUCCAUCAUCAACUUCACAUAACAGAACCUGCUCCCAGGACAACGACCUUAGACUGGAGAAUGGCCCUGACGUCUGUUCUGGUCGAGUGGAGCGUCAGUAUUUCAAUGAGUGGGGAACAACUGGUUUGGAGAGGGAAGUGGUGAAAUCUGGGCUGAUGUGUUUGAUUGUCAGGGGAAUGAAACACAACUCUCUCAAUGUCCCAUCUCUUCAUGGAGUCGAGCUGAACGUUCUCAUAGAUGAGAUGUUGGAGUCAUCUGUUCUAGUCAUGGGUCCAUCAGGUUGGUGGGUUCUGGAGGAGACUGUGCAGGGAGGCUGGAGGUUUUUCACAACGGCUCAUGGGGGACAACAGCUGCAGUGUGGAGCGGCCCUCAGUAACCAGCAGGUACCAGCCUGGUUUGGUCCUGGAACAGGACCCAUAUGGCUGGAUGAGGUGAACUGUGAGGGGAAUGAGACGUCCCUGUGGAACUGCUCUUCUCAGGUCUGGGGAAAACAUGACUGUACACACAUGGAGGAUGUAGAAGUCGUGUGCUCAGAACAUGUUCCUCUGAGACUGAGUGGAGGGAAGGGCCGGUGCUCUGGAAGACUGGAGGUGUAUCAUAACACUGUGUGGGGUUCAGUCUGUGUUGAUCAGUGGGACAUCAGGGAUGCUCAGGUGGUCUGCAGGCAGCUGGGUUGUGGAGCAGCACUGAGUGCUGAUGGGAAUGCAGCCUUUGGUGCUGAGAUACUUCAUGAGAAGACGUGGGUUUCAGUGUGUGAUGCUGCCUUUGACCAGCAGGAUGCAGAGGUUGUGUGUAGAGAGCUGGACUGUGGGGCUCCUGUACAGGUGCUGGGAGCAGCUGCUUUUGGCAAAGGAGAGGGACAGAUGUGGACAGAAGAGAUUCAGUGUAGAGGCAACGAAUCUCAGAUUCAAUUCUGUCCAACAUCACCAUCAAAUGAAAACAACUGUUCACAUGAAAACAACGUUGGACUGGUGUGUGCAGACAUAAUGAAUGUGAGGUUGGUUGGUGGUAACAGUCCCUGUGCUGGUAGAGUGGAGGUUCUUCAUAGAGGACAGUGGGGAACAGUGUGUGAUCAAGGCUGGGAUAUGGCUGAUGCUGCAGUGGUGUGUAGAGAGCUGGACUGUGGAGAACCUGUAGAUGCUUUGAGUGAAGCUCAUUUUGGACCAGGAUCAGGACCAAUCUGGAUGAAUAAUUCAAUGUGUACUGGAUCAGAGUCCACACUGAAAAACUGUGGAUUAGUAGAAUGACCUUAUGACUGUGAUCAUAGUAAAGAUGCUGGAGUCUUUUGCGCAGGUAAGCUCAAAAUUUCAUCUUAUCACAUAAACUGUAUUCAAACUCUGUUUUUAAAAUGUUCCAUGCUAUUUUACAGGUGUCAGGCAGGUCGCUGCUCUGGGAGAUUAGAGGUACUUGAUGGAAACACGUGGGUUUCAGUGUGUGAUGCUGCCUUUGACCAGCAGGAUGCAGAGGUUGUGUGUGUGUGUAGAGAGCUGGACUGUGGGGCUCCUGUACAGGUGAUGGGAGCAGCUGCUUUUGGCAAAGGAGAGGGUCAGAUGUGGACAGAAGAGAUUCAGUGUAGAGGCAACGAAUCUCAGAUUCACCUCUGUCCAAAUCCUUCACUCGAAAACAACUGCUCCCAUGAAAAUGAUGAGGGGCUUCUGUGCGCUGACCCAAAAAAUGUGAGACUGGUUAAUGGUAACAGUCCCUGUGCUGGUAGAGUGGAGGUUCUUCAUAGAGGAAAGUGGGGAACAGUGUGCGAUGGAGGUUGGAAUAUGACUGAAGCUGCAGUGGUGUGUAGAGAACUGGACUGUGGGGAGCCUGUAGAUGCUUUGGGUGAUGCUCAUUUUGGAACGGGAUCAGGACCAAUCUGGAUGGCUAAUUUAUUAUGUACUGGUCAGUCUACACUAAAGAACUGUCAAUCAGAAGGAUGGAAUUUACCUAUCUGUCCUCACAACUUUGAUGCUGGGGUCAUCUGUUCAGGCCACAAACGUUCCAGACUUGCUGCUGGGUCUCAUCUGUGCUCUGGGAGAUUAGAGAUACUUCAUGAGAACACGUGGGUUUCAGUGUGUGAUGCUGCCUUUGACCAGCAGGAUGCAGAGGUUGUGUGUAGAGAGCUGGACUGUGGGGCUCCUGUACAGGUGCUGGGAGCAGCUGCUUUUAGCAAAGGAGAGGGUCAGAUGUGGACAGAAGAGAUUCAGUGUAGAGGUGAUGAAUCACUCAUCCGAUUCUGUCCAUCAUCAACUUCACAUAAGAGAACCUGCUCCCAUGACAAUGACGUGGGUCUGAAAUGUUCUGGUUACUCAGAGCUUAGACUGAUGAAUGGCCCUGAUAUCUGUUCUGGUCGAGUGGAGCGUCAGUAUUUCAAUGAGUGGGGAACAGUAUGUGAUGGAUGUAUGGAUAUGAAAGCUGCCAGUGUCCUCUGUAGACAGCUGAAUUGUGGGAUUGCUGUGUCUGUUGUGGGAGCAGACUGGUUUGGAGAGGGAAGUGGUGAAAUCAGGGCUGAUGUGUUUGGUUGUCAGGGGAAUGAAACACAACUCUCUCAAUGUCCCUUCUCUUCAUGGAGUCGAGCUGAACAUUCUCAUAGACGAGAUGUUGGAGUCAUCUGUUCUAGUAAGCACACUUCAUACUAUAAAUCAUGA